AUGCAAUUGCUCUCUCCUCAGACUGAUGAGAUUGAAAGGAAAUACCCCUUGGAUGAGGAGGGUCGGGGACGCACCUUGCGGGAACUCUACGGUAAAGUGGGUUUGAACCCUUUCGCUGCGUUCCUGCCGAUUCUGGUGCAGCUUCCGAUCUUCGUGGCGCUCUUUCGGGCCAUUGGUAAGCUGGCAUCCCAAGAUGACCAUUUCAAGGAGUCUUUCCUGUGGAUUCCCAGUCUCGCUGGGCCUGUGGAAAGUGGAAGGCCUAGCUUGGAUUGGCUACUCAAGACUCGCUACAGCGACCACUUCGAGCCUUUGGUCGGUUGGCAGGAUGCGGGCUUCUAUCUCAUUCUUCCACUGCUUGUUUUCCUCCUGCAGUUCUUCUCAAACAGGAUGAGCGCGGCUUCCAAAGAGACUGUGUCCGCGACUGCCCUGGCUCCAUUGUUCAUUGCAAUCUCCACAUUGGUCUCUCCUCAAGGUGUGGGGAUCUAUUGGUUUACCAACACCCUGUUGACAACUGUGCAGCUCAAGUUCACCCAGAACCAGGUGGCUGAGGAGUUUCCAGAGUACAAGAAAAUCAAGGAUGCUGUGGAUGCAGAACAAGAUGGCAUGAGAUACACGCGUAGCUCACCGUUCAAGAAAAACGAGCUGGUAGCCAAAUCCGUUGAAGAUUUGGAAGAUCCCCCACAGAAGAAGGCAGCAAAGCCAAAGUCUCGAAAUGCACGUCGGAAGAAGACAAAGGCUAGAAAUCGGCAGAGAGCAGGGCAGGGGGAGGCUGUUUGA